AUGGCCCACCAAGCACAUUCCUACCACAUAGUCGACCCCAGCCCAUGACCUAUCCUAGGAGCAGCCGCCGCUCUACUAACCACCUCAGGACUAACAAUAUGAUUCCACUAUAACUCACCUCAACUUCUAAUUAUAGGCCUACUCUCCACCAUACUAGUUAUAUUCCAAUGAUGACGAGACAUCGUACGAGAAAGCACAUUCCAAGGCCACCACACCCCUACUGUCCAAAAAGGCCUACGAUAUGGAAUAGCCCUCUUCAUCACAUCAGAAGCCUUCUUUUUCCUAGGAUUCUUCUGAGCCUUCUUCCACUCAAGCUUAGCCCCCACUCCCGAACUAGGAGGACAAUGACCACCCGUAGGAAUCAAACCAUUAAACCCCAUAGACGUACCACUCCUAAACACCGCUAUUCUUCUAGCCUCAGGGGUCACCGUAACAUGAGCCCACCAUAGCAUCACAGAGGCCAACCGAAAACAAGCAAUCCACGCCCUAACCCUAACAGUCCUCCUAGGAUUCUAUUUCACCGCCCUCCAAGCCAUAGAAUACUACGAAGCCCCCUUUUCCAUCGCCGACGGAGUAUACGGCUCAACCUUCUUUGUAGCUACCGGAUUCCACGGCCUUCACGUAAUCAUCGGAUCCACAUUCCUCCUCGUAUGCCUAGCGCGCCUAAUCAAAUACCACUUCACACCAAACCAUCAUUUUGGCUUCGAAGCAGCAGCAUGAUACUGACACUUCGUAGACGUCGUCUGAUUAUUCCUAUAUAUCUCUAUCUACUGAUGAGGAUCUU